AUGGUUUUGGCUCUCAAAAGUAGUUACUUCAGAUCGUUCAUACUCCUUAUUCCCAUUCUCUUUAUCAUAACCUAUAUCUCAACUAUCGAUACCGACAUCAAGAUACUGCAGAUUGGCCGCCAAAGAAAUUUCAAUUGGGGUGAAGACUACAACAGACUGAUCAACAUCUCAUUUUCCUUCACCACACUUCCUCUGACCUGCUCAAUGAAUCAAAACAUGUUCACCAUACUGAUCUUCACUUCUCCGAAUAAUUUCCAUCGUAGGAAAACCAUAAGGGAAAUCUGGGCUCCAAACGAUCUAGGGGUGAAAAUCUAUUUCCUUCUUGGCUUAACCGACAACGAAACCAUUUCCACACAACUGGAAGAAGAGAAUCAAAUCCACACGGAUUUCAUCCAAGGCAGCUUUUUAGAUAGCUAUCAUAACCUGUCUUACAAGCACGUGAUGGCAUUGAAAUACAUGUUCUUCCAUUGCCCUGACGUCAAGUAUCUUGUUAAACUCGAUGAUGAUACAUUCGUGAACAUGAAUCGAAUGAUGAAGUUCCUGCAUGAACAAUACGAAAUAGAUAACCACUCGAAACGGAUCAUGGGCGAAAUAAGAAUCGGACAUCCAGUGUUACGUUAUGGAAAGUGGAAGGUAUCUAUGGAGGACUAUCCCAAUGAUACUUACCCACCCCACUGCCCGGGCUACGCUUUGAUUUAUCCUCAUGAUGCGAUUUUUGCUUUGUAUCCGGAAGCACAAAGAGGAAGUUUUUUCUGGAUAGAUGAUGUGUAUGUGACUGGAAUGAUCGCUAGGGAUAGUAAUGUCGGCCAUGUUGAUAUCAGCAAGCAUAUGUUCAUAGAGAGAGGUGAUGGGGUUGAGUUUUCGAAGAUGAAUAUCUCGGAUGAAUUCAUAAUGGCGGGAUAUGAAAUCUCUGAAGAGAAUAUGCGUUAUUUGUAUAAUCUUACGAAUAAUUCAACAUCAACUGGAUGA